CUUUUCAUUCCAGAAUUUCUCUUAAAGGUGAUCUUUACCGCCCGCAUCCUUUCUGUAGACAACAGUUCCAUACCAUCCCAACAAGCGUCACUAUCUAUCUCACACAAUAACCUACAAUAAUUAAGCGAUUAUGGUCGACGUCUCUACUCACAUUCGCCGAGGACACCCGGCCUUUAUGGGUGCCUUACUCCUUUUCGCCAUCAUUGAAGGAUGUAUCACUGCUUAUUUGGUCGCGCAAUUUAAUGAUGACGACACCUACCCCUCUCAUUCUUACAGAGACCGACUUAAGUUCCUCGUAUUUACCUCCUGGUGGACUGUAGUUUUUGCCGCCGCUUACAUGGCUGCUUUCCUUGCUGCGGCCGGUAGCUUCGUCUCCUCCAUUGCUAGCCAUCUUGCCAUCUGGACUGUUACUUGGAUCUUCUGGCUUGCCGCUGCUGCUUCUUAUACUGCGGCACUUGGUGGCGGAAUGCGAUGUAGCGUCUCCGACGUUGCCCACUGUUCAUCCCUUGUAGCGGCGGAAGCGUUUGCUUGGAUUGAGUGGAUCAUCAUGACCAUCUUCUUCAUCUUCCUCCUUACUAUUGCUGGAGCAGCUCUUCGACGAGGAGACAGGUUGAGCGCCGAACUUGCGGUCUAGGAAGAUUCGAUGCCUUUUCAAGCUAGUUGGAUGCUGAAUAAGGAGGUGGAUGACCUGUAUAAGAGAUUGACAGGUGGAGAGAGCUGGCGAACAGAUAUAAAUUAUUUAUACAUACAAAGAAUAUUAAUAUAAUGGCUUGAUAAUAUACGCAUGUAGCCGGGAAAUAAUCAGAUGUGACCUCAGUCUCUGUCU